AUGUCUGAGAAGCUCCAAGUGGCUGUUGCUGGCAUUGGUCGCAUGGGAAUGCGCCAUGCCCGUCACUUCGCCACUCUAACUCCCCGCGCCGAACUCAUUGCUGUCUGUUCUCCUGUUCAGUCCGAGCUAGAUGCCGCCAAAAAUGAGUUCAAGGGAGUACGCACCUAUACCGACUAUGAUCAGAUGCUGCAGUCAGAGAAGACUCUCCAGGCUGUUGUUGUCGCCAGUGCCACCACUGUGCACGCCGAACAAGCUAUCAAGGCGAUCCAACGAGGUUUGCACGUUCUCUGCGAGAAGCCCAUUAGUACCAGUCCUGAGAUUUCCCAGUCGGUUGUCGAUGCCUACGAUGCCUCUAUUAAGAAAUUCACCAACCAAAAAGUUAUCUGUGGCUUCUCUCGUCGUUUCGAUGCCUCGUACCGUGAUGCUCACCGUCGCAUGGCUACCGGUGAUAUUGGUACUCCAUCCGUCUUCCGGUCGCAGACUUGUGAUAAGCUUGAUCCUAGUGGAUUCUUCGUUGCGUACGCUGAGUUCUCCGGUGGUAUCUUUGUGGACUGCUCGAUUCACGAUAUUGAUCUUGCUUUGUGGUUCUUCGGUGAGCAGACUAAGGUCAAGAGUGUUACUGCUAUUGGUAUCACGGCUGUACAGCCUGAUCUGCGUAAGCACAAUGAUCGCGAUAAUGCCUUGGGAAUUAUUGAGUUUUAUGGAGGCAAAAUCGCCCAACUUUACUGUUCCCGCAUGAUGGCUGCUGGACAAGAAGAUUGCACCGAGAUCUUCGGCACAAACGGCAAGAUCGCAAUUAACACACAGCCCCAACUUAACCUUGUCAACUUAUACGAGUCUUCUGGUAUCCGUCGCGAGAUUCCAGCUGAUUACUAUGGUCGAUUCCGCGAGGCGUUCAUCACUGAGGCUAAUGAGUUCACGGCUUCUUGUUUGGAUAACACUCCCCCUCCUCUUCGUUUGAAUUCCGCUGUGAAGGCUGUUACUAUUGGAUGUGCGUUGCAAGAGUCGUUGAUUACUGGGAAGAAGAUUGAUUUUGAGGAGAAUGGAAAGAGAAUUGAGGAUUCCAAGCUGUAG